UUAGCCGAGCGCGCGCGCAUUUUCCCACGAUCAGGAAAAUCCAAAUUACAGCCAUGAAGGAUCGAUUCAACUGGAUAUCCCUGGAGCUGGUACUUCUAAUAGGCACUGCCAUAGCCUUUCCCGAUGGAGCUCCCGCAGAUACGUGUGUGAAACAGAGGGCCAACCAGCCCAAUCACGGCAAGGCCAGAACUCAGCCUGCCCACUCGAAUCCCUACGAAGUGGUGGCUGAUGCCCAGACUUAUCACCCCGGUCAGCAGAUAUCGGUGGUUAUAUAUCCGCACUCGGACCAAAGCACCGUCUUCCGGGGUUUCUUCCUGCAGGCGCGCGAUGCAAAUUCAAACGAGUGGAUCGGGGAGUGGGUGCAAAGCGAGAACACCAAGACUAUUCCUGAGUGCUCGGCCAUCACGCACUCGGACAACCGAGAUAAACUGGGCGCCAAGCUGAUCUGGAAGGCCCCGCAAAAUAAGCGAGGACACGUCUACUUUACGGGCACUGUGCUACAGGAGUACGGAACCUUCUGGAGCGAUAUCGUUAACAAAGUGCAGGCGGAGCCGCAAUAACUGAAAUUAUGUACUUACUUAUAAGGCAGCUGUACCCAAGGCCGGGCAAUAAAUCUUAAAAACCCUAAUUAGUCAAAACGAAA